AUGAUAUAUAUAAUAUUGAUAAAUUUAUAUCUUAUAUUAAAUUAUAUACCAUAUUCAAACUGUAUUACAAAUGGAAGGAUUGUAUUCGACCCGACAACAGCAUCGUCAGUUGCAUUAGUACAAACUUUUCGAAGAUCACGUGCAGUUCGUUCACAUGGCUAUCGAUCAACCAACGAAUGUACCGGUUCGUUGAUAUCUAGUCAAGUGGUUAUCACUGCUGGACACUGCAUAAAAGGCUGGAAAGGCCAUGGACUGCUAGUCAAAUUUUUAAACCGACGAAAAUUGUUAUUAUUCCGACGAGUUAAAGCUAGUCGAGUGUUCCAUCAAACUGCUGGUGUUGAUUUGGCAAUUUUAUUGUUGCAUAAACCAAUUACAGUCUGUGAUCCAGAAGCCAGAUACCCAUUCGAAAUUUUUUUGCUGCCAUUUAAAGGUCUUUACAACUGGACAGAUAAAAGUGUCGAAAAUGCAAAGUGUUCAUUGUUUGGAUUUGGAAAAAACGAAAAAAGUAGACAUUUGGAUUACGAGUUACGCAGUAUGCCUGUUCGUCUGAAAGCCGAGUCACCAAAUUUGACCACAGCGUUAUUGACAAACCAAAAAAUCUGUGAAGUAAAUGAAUAUUCGUAA